AUGGAAGUUCGAGACAAGCGACGCGCGCCGUUGGCCGUGCAGCGAGGUGCAGCCACCGACUCGAAGCUAUUGAAGGAGGAUCGUAAUGUGCUUAAAUGCUUAAUGUUUACCAUCGUGGCAGAGGAAGUCAUCGCCCACAAGGGUGAACUUGCCUUUUCGCAUGUAAAGCGCUCUCGACGCGUCGACCGCGACGUCGCCCCCGGCCCAGACCAGCCACCCACCGAAGAGCUUGCGCACACGCCACGCGUAAGUGUCCGCAACCUUGUAGAAGAGGAAUGCCUUUCCGUCUACGAACUACGCGACCUUAAGAGCUUACUCUCGUGCCUUCUCGGGGUUACUUCAGCACUUUCAUUGCUACGGAAGGCGGGAUUUGUCCAUCGCGAUGUGAGCGCCGGCAACAGUCUCUACUUCGAGGGCCGUGGAAUUCUUUCCGACCUGGAGUAUGCGAAAGAGUACGAGAAGAUCUCGGCGAGUGGCCCCCAGACGGGAACUCCGGGUUUCAUGGCUGUCGAGUGUCAGGCGAAGGAGUAUCUUUUCCACCCGUGGUUGCCGCUCGAUUGCGGACCAGGCGCACACAGCAAGACCGAUUCAGCAUAUCCAUCAUUCAUUCCGAAUCCCGUGCACGAUCUGGAGUCGGUGGUCUGGCAACACCUGUGGUUUCUUCAUCACCGUGUACCUCGCGACUUGGACAGCCAGAAGAACUCGCUCGCCUUGCUUACAGCUCUCGAUGCCGUCUCCAGCAGUGGAUCUCGAUUAUUCGUGCAUGACAUACAUGCCAGUGCAACGCGCCAGAACUUCGUCACGACGCCGCCGACAAGUCAGAAUCACCAGGCCCUGUUGAAGAAUAUCAACUUCAUUCACGAUCGGGAACUGUUUCACCCCUACCGCCUCCUCUACAUGCUUUGCGAGGAGUACAGACGUAUUGAGAGCUCAGAAACAGAGGUCGUCGGUAACAUGCGAAGGUUUCCUCUCUCUGUCUUCCAGUCUAGUGGCAUCUACGACUUGUUCAAAGACGUCUUUCAAAAGGCUCUGGAUCUCAUCGACAAAGAUGGCAACGUCCUCGUCGAAUCCUCAAACGCCGUACGGCACAGGCUUACACGAAGGGUGAAUGACACCUCCGAUUCCGCCGGUCAGCCCACCACGAGCGGUAGUCGGCUCACGAACAGCCGGACAUCAACUACACCCGGAGGAAAGCCUCGCGCAUCAGGCAAGAAGCGGUCGCUCGCGGACGCUCGGCUCGACAAUGAGGAGCACGACGAUGUCAAGAGGAAGAAGCGGUCAGAUGAGAUUGGAGACCAGGUCAUCCAUUGA